CCUCGAGAAAACGGGUAUACACGUUUCCACAGGAUACAGAAUGUGCAAUAUUGUCUCGAUUUUUUGAGGAAAAGAAAUAUCAAAACAGUAAAUAUUCGACCAGAAGAUAUUGUUGAGGGGAACUCAAAGUUAACACUGGGACUGAUUUGGACAAUCAUCCUGAACUUCCAAGUUUCUAUUAUCAAGCAACGACAACAGGAAGCAGGUGAUCAGGUAAAAAACAUUUUGAAGAUUUCCACGAUCUGUUGCAUCGCAGUACUGGAACAAGUUGAGAUUUUGAAAGGGAUUCCAGUGAAGCGUUGA